GCUAAUAUGAUCCCGUCGCCUGCUUCUUGUUUCUUUUCCUGCCGUCGGCUGCAUUUCUUGCUCCUCUCCUAAAAUUAUAUUUUGAGCCCUCCCUAUUGUGGAGUUUUCCGAGCUCCUCACUCUGUUAUCGUCACUCACCGCUGCCGUCUCAGUUGACCUUUAAUCUUCAACUUCCGGUCUCUUGCAGGAAAUAAAUGUAAGAAGGAGAGUUGUUAAAUUCAUGGUACAUUAUGUUCCAUGACUUUUCUAGAGUGUAUGCUCGUGAUUUUCCCUCUAAUUUUCAAGAAUGAGGAACUCUAAGGAAGAUCCAUCAAGUAGCAAUGCACAGGUGCUUGACCUGAUAUCGGCAGUGAAGGAGUUACAUGGGCUUAGUUCUCAGGAGCUUAAUAGAUUAUUGAGGGACUCUGAAAAUUUUACUAUUCACUACCUAACCAGAAAAGGAUCCAUGAGCAAGAUUGAUAUGGAAAAGCUUGCAGGAUCUCUCCCGUUGCAUCUUAUUGCAGUGCUAAUCUCAUCUGAUAGGGAUGAAUCAAUGAUGAGAUAUGUAUUAUGUGGUAUGCGCCUCUUGCAGUCCUUAUGUGAUUUAUCUCCUCGUAACUCCAAACUUGAACAGAUUUUUCUAGAUGAUGUGAAAGUGUUGGAACAGUUGAUUGACUUGGUUUUCUAUGUGCUAAUAGUUCUUGGUGGUUACAAACAGGAAGGCCAUACUUUUAGUUUUAAACACCUUUGGCAUUCAGCUCUUGUGGCAUGCAGUUUACAUCUAUUAACUGGGUUUAUAUCAACACAAUGGCAAGAUAUUGUUCAUGUAUUGCUUGCUCACCCCAAGGUUGACAUCUUUAUGGAUGUGGCUUUUGGAUCAGUUCGCAUGAUUGUUAGGUUUCUUGAGAUUACCUUGUCAGCUUACCAUGAAGACGAUUUUGUGGGGCCUAAUCUUACAGCUGAACGAGUAGUUUAUUUUCUCACCCAGCAGUGUGAGGCUUCUUUACAGUUUCUUCAGUCAUCGUGCCAGCAAAAAUUGUUUAAGGAGCGCGUACUCAGGAACAAGGAAUUAUGUGGAAAGGGCAGUAUUCUUUUUCUGAUUAGGUCCAUUCUGAAGUUAGACAUUCAACCGUAUUUUCCAACCAGGAUUUUGGCUGCUUUAUCCCGGCUAAAAUCUAAGAUACUAUCCCUUUUGCUGAGUUUGUGUGAAGCAGAAAACACUUCUUACCUUGACGAAGUUGCCAGUUCAUCACAAAGUUUAGAUUUGGCUAAGACUGUUGCUUUAGAGGUUUUUGAUGUGUUGAAGACUGCUUUUGGAAAAAAUCCUCAGAAUCUCAAAACUGACAAGAACUAUCCGAUGGGGUUUUUACAGCUCAAUGCAAUGCGUCUGGCUGACAUAUUCUCUGAUGAUUCAAACUUUCGAUCUUACAUGACAAUUUGUUUUACUAAAGUUCUGGCAGCAAUAUUUGUGCUCUCCCAUGGGGAUUUUUUGUCCUGUUGGUGCUCUUCUAACCUCCCGGAGAAGGAGGAGGAUGCAACUCUUGAAUAUGAUAUAUUUGCUGCAGUUGGAUGGAUCUUGGACAAUACUUCAUCGCAGGAUCUAUUAAAUGCGGCAAAUUUGGAGUUUAACCUUGUCCAUAACAGCAUGCCUCAGGCUUCUUAUGCACAUCAUAGGACUUCAUUAUUUGUUAAAGUCAUAGCAAAUCUUCAUUGUUUUGUCCCCAACAUAUGUGAAGAGCAGGAGAGGAACCUUUUCGUUCUUAAGGUUUUGGAGUGCUUGCAGAUGGAUUUAAGUGACUUGCUGCCUGGCUUUUCUUUUGCCUCUGAUGCUCCUAAUGCAACCAGCAUCUGCAAAAACCUCCGCUCAUUGUUAAGUCAUGCAGAAUCCUUGAUUCCAAACUUUUUAAAUGUGGAGGAUGUGCAUCUUCUAAGGGUGUUUUCUGACAAAUUGGAGUCACUAAUUACUUCUGCUGGAUUUAGAGCAAAUCGUGUUCAAGAUAGCAAGGACUUAUCUUGUGACAAGUUUUCCAAACUAAACAUCAAUGAAUAUCAGGAGGCUCAGAGUCCUGACAGAUGCUCAUCACCUUUACGGGCAAAAGAACUUGCUGAUCUUACAAAGAAGAGUAGUCAUUUAAGGGAAGGAAUGUCUGAGAAUUCUGCAUUCUUGGACAUAAACCAUUUUGAUGCCAGAGCUGAAGAUAUUAAUCAAGGUUCUGGCCCAAAUCCGCAAGAUAAUAGGGAAGAUAAAAUUAUUUCUGGUAAGACUGCAUCAGAAUGUGCAAGACAUGCAGAGAAGGAUGUCCCAAAUGUUGAAACAAGUGGUUCUGAUACCAGUUCUGCAAAAGGUAAGAGUGUUAUUGAUCAUAUGGACAAUGCUGAGCUUUCAAAAUCAGCUGAACGUGUUCAAAAGGUUGGAGUUGGAGAAAAUCCAGAAGAUGAGAAGGUUGAAACAAAACAGAGGAAAAAACGAAAGCGAACUAUAAUGAAUGAUAAACAGGUGAUGUUAAUUGAGAGAGCACUGUUGGAUGAGCCUGAGAUGCAGCGAAAUGCAGCUUUACUACUGUCCUGGGCUGAAAAAUUAAGCUUUCAUGGUUCCGAAGUUACACCUUCACAGCUUAAAAAUUGGCUGAACAAUCGAAAAGCUAGGCUAGCCCGCACUGCUAGGGAUGUUCGAGCAGCAGCAGAUGUCGACACCUCAGUCCCUGACAAGCAAAAGGGGCCGGUACUGGGCUCCUAUGACUCCCCAGAUAGUCCGAGUGAUGCAUCAAAUGCAAGAAAAGAGCUUCCAAUUCAAUCUAAUAUUAGUUCUGGUUAUAAGGUGGAUGGUUUGAGGGCUGAAUUUGUUGAUCUCGGGCUUCCAGAAGCUGGUUGCAAGACAGGUCAGUAUGUUGUGCUCGUAGAUAAGCGAGGAGAGGAAAUUGGCAAAGGGAAGGUGUUUCAGGUUAGCGGUAAGUGGCAUGGGAAGAGUUUGGAAGAAUUAGAGACAUGUGUUGUGGAUAUUUGUGAGCUUAAAGCUGAUAAAGGUUCGCGGCUACCUUACCCAUCUGAAGCCACCGGCUCCUCAUUUGCAGAGGCUGAAACCAAGUUACGUGUCAUGAGAGUGUUAUGGGAUUCAAACAGAAUUUUCGUGUUGAGGUCUGAUUGAGUUAAAUGAAUGUUUUAAUGGUUGUCUCUUCUGUUACCUGUUGGCAAGCUCAUAUCCUUAUCCACCGAUUUACUGUAUGGCUAGUUGAGCUUGCAUUUAGCGAUGGCAGGGUCGAGGAGAUAGUGGAGGAUGAUUUCAAACAAUGUGAGGGACAUCAUGCAGCGAAAAUGGUCGGGAUUUGUGUUGUUUUACAUAACAUGUUUCGAAGAAGUAUCCAUUAAUAUGACAAUUAACAA